GCAUACGCAGUCUGGACAGUGUAUUACAAAAGGACGUCUCGUAAUUAAUACACCAGAUUUGGCGCUACCUUACUAUGCUGUAAUGAGUGAUAACUGCUUGGGUGUUGAAUCACAGUUCCGUUAUCUCAAUAACAGCGAGCUGCUACAAAAUAUCGAGACAGGAGGGACGUUUCGGCCUACCCACGAAAAAGUAUACAGACGUCGUUUAACCUUGUUUUAUGCUGUAGCAAACAAAUCAUUAAAAUACCAAAUCAGCCGUGUUAAUCACUUAAAACAAACGGCAGCUGGAGGUUUAUCUUUUCACAACGUGAACGCAUGUGCUCAAAAAUCAAAAACGUUUCCUUAUAUGGGCAAGAGUUCAUGUUGUAACAACGCUGAACAAAAAUUUACUUUUG